AUGUGCCCCUCCGCCGACGAGAUCGAGACCAACGGGGUCAAUGGCCACUCCAACGGUGCCAACGGUGCCAACGGCCAUGCCAAUGGCGUGAAUGGCAAUGCCAGCCAUCCUGGCUACACUGGCAUCUCGACGCAUGACGCACCGCCUCAAUCAAGAAACCCUUACAUGCCUGUGGGCGACUUCCUCAGCAACGUCAGCAGAUUCAAGAUCAUUGAGAGCACGCUAAGAGAAGGCGAGCAAUUCGCAAAUGCCUACUUUGACACCGCAAAGAAGAUCGAAAUCGCCAAAGCUCUCGACGAGUUCGGCGCAGACUACAUCGAACUCACCAGCCCCGCCGCCUCUGAGCAAUCCCGCAAGGACUGUGAAGCCAUUUGUCGUCUAGGCUUGAAGUCUAAGAUCUUAACGCAUAUCCGGUGCCACAUGGAUGAUGCCCGGAUAGCAGUGGAGACCGGUGUGGACGGGGUAGACGUGGUCAUUGGCACCUCAUCUUUCCUCCGAGAACACUCUCACGGAAAGGAUAUGACCUAUAUCAAGAACACCGCCAUUGAAGUUAUCGAGUUCGUCAAGUCCCACGGGAUCGAGAUCCGAUUUUCCAGCGAGGAUUCCUUCCGAUCCGAUUUGGUCGAUCUUCUCUCCCUCUACCAAGCCGUCGACAAGGUUGGUGUCAACCGAGUCGGCAUCGCUGAUACCGUGGGAUGUGCCACUCCCAGACAAGUCUACGACCUUGUCCGAACUCUCCGCGGCGUUGUCAGCUGUGACAUUGAAACUCAUUUCCACAACGAUACUGGCUGUGCUAUUGCCAAUGCCUACUGCGCUCUGGAGGCCGGUGCCACUCACAUCGAUACCUCGGUCCUGGGUAUUGGUGAGCGAAAUGGCAUUACCACCCUUGGCGGUCUUAUGGCCCGCAUGAUUACCGCCGAUCGAGACUAUGUCAAGAGCAAGUACAAGCUGGAGAAGAUCAAGGACAUUGAGGAGCUGGUUGCCGAGGCCGUGGCUGUCAACAUUCCUUUCAACAAUCCCAUCACCGGUUUCUGUGCUUUCACCCACAAGGCCGGCAUCCACGCCAAGGCUAUCCUGGCGAAUCCCAGCACCUACGAAAUCAUCGAUCCUGCCGAUUUUGGUCUCGGUCGUUAUAUCCAUUUUGCCUCUCGCUUGACCGGCUGGAAUGCCAUCAAGUCGCGGGCCCAACAGCUCAAGAUCGAGAUGACCGACGCGCAAUACAAGGAAGUCACGGCUGCCAUCAAGCGGCUGGCCGACAUCAGACCCAUUGCCAUUGACGAUGCUGAUUCCAUUAUUCACGCUUAUCACCGUGCCGUUAAGCUCGGCAAGAAGAAUCCCGGCGACGCCGUUGAGCUACCUAAUAUGACCGAGGCGGAGAAGAAACUGCUGGCCGAGAAGCAACAAGAGGAUGCUUUACGGCCGGAAAAGAGACGCCUGGAGGAGACUGUUGACGAGCAGAUCUCGACCGAACAAGCCGUCAAGAAGGCCAGAACCAAUGGCGUUGCUGCAUGA